GAUUGGCCUUGAACUCACAGAGAUUCACCUGCCUCUGCCUCCCGAGUGCUGGGACUAGCUGAGACUAAAGGUGUGCACAACCACACCAAGCUAGCUUGCUGCCUCUUAACCAAGCCCCAUGAAACCCUUCCAUGCCCGGCUCUGGCCUGGUUGAAGGGGACCCUGGGACUGGAGAAAGAGACCAUGUGUGCUCUUAUAUACUGUGCUCACCGAGACUCAGUAAAUUUGCCUCACUACAGUGAGAGCCUUAGGUUGGCAACCAAAACCAUGGCACAUUCCUCUCGGUAACUGAGUGACCAGCAGACAUUGGGGAUUACUGUCAACAUGGCUCCUCUAGCAGGUGGAUUUGUCUUUUCUCUCUGAGCUUUCACAUCCUCUGCAGUAGAAUAAAGAUGACUGCAACCAACCACCUCAGCCCACAGGAUGUUCAACAGUCCCUCCCACUUGAUCAGGCCACAGUAUGUGAGAUCCAUCAGCCCCCAUGUGUCGAUAUCCAGCCUCAGCCUCUCUCUUUGCACCUUCAUCCCCUGUCUGUGAAAUGGGGCUGAGUCGGUUGGAACCAAGGUUCCACUAUGGAAACUGCGUACGUGGCAUCUCCAGGGCCAUGGGGGAAGGGAAGGGGCCAGUGAGGUGUCAGUUCCCUAUUGGUCUAAGCCACAGAUAAUUCGGAUGCCAUCUGCGCCCCAACCACAGUGCAUGCUCCAUGAAGUAACUUGAGAGGCCAUGAGGCUGCCCCUGUCAUUGCUGCUAGUGUUUGGGUGCAAGGCUGUCCUGGGAAGCCUUGGGGACAGGGCUUCACUCUCAGCUACCGCUCCAGUGUUGGAUGAUGAAGAGAAGUACGCAUCUUAUAUGCCUGCUCACCUGCGCUGUGAUGCCUGCCGGGCCGUGGCCUACCAAAUGGGGCAACAUCUGGCAAGAGCAGAGGCCAAGUCUCCAGACUCCAGUGACUUGCAAGAGCUGAGUGAGUCGAUAUACACAGAUGUCCUGGACCAGACCUGCUCUCAGAAGUGGCAGUCCUAUGGAGUUCAAGAAGUGAACCAGAUGAAACGUCUCAUGGGCCCAGGACUUAGCAAGGGGACAGAGCCACCCAUCAGCGUGAUGAUUACUGGGGGUCCCUGGCCCAAUAGGCUCUCCAUGACAUGUUUCCAGUAUCUGGGAGAGUUUGGAGAAGACCAGAUCUAUGAAGCCUACCGCCAAGGCCAUGAGACUCUGGAGGCACUGCUGUGUGGGGGCACUCAAGGGUCCUGCUCACCUGAGAACCCAAGAGAAGAGCUUUAGUGCCAGCCAGGACACCUGUGGAUCUUCUCUCUUUCUCUCUCUCUCUCUUUUAUAAUUAAGGGUCGUUUGGAGACAGGAUCUCAUCAUGCAGCACAGGCUGGCCUUGAACUUGUCCUCCUGCCUCAGCCUUGAAAGUGCUGCCAUGACUGUCCCAAACCUUCGAGCUUGACCCUCCUAUUCUUUCAGUGGUGGUGGAGAGGGGGCAGGGAAGCUGGCUCUUGGUGUCAAUCUACUUCAUCCACUUCUUCCUGGGGCACUGGGGCUGGAGACAAAUAAGGCCUUCUACUUUCAAAUAAAGCUCAGUGAGUGACCUUGAA